GAAGUACUGCACUUUACGUGUGAAAAUAAGUAACUUUUGAUCAGUUGAACAUAUUAGCUUAAAAUGUAAUUAUACGUUAAUGUUGUGUUCACAUCUAAAAACCAAUGGAAGGUUAUGACAGCUUUUAGAAUAUGAAUGCAGAAUUAACAUGAAUAUUAUGGGAGUGUAUUUGCCCCCCAGAGCGCCAGGCGUCGCUGUUGCUUCACUUUAACAGCUGUCGCUCCCAUAAUGCACCCCUGCAAGAUAGACUUCAAAACUCCCGUUUCUUGGUUGUUAAUUGCGUUAAACAAACGCACGGAGCGACUGAGGGAUAUUCGGCGUAAGAUCACGAGAGGCGGGAAUAAGGAGCGCUGAGUCUCGGCACAUGUCACCGUCAGUGAAAGAGCUGGAGAGGCGGUACACACAUCCUCAGCGCCAUGUUGAACACAUGAUCUUUCCAGUUCAUGAGUAUGAUGAUCGGUGCGUUCACGGACGAUCCGUGAAAGGUGCAGCCUUUAACUUGUUACGCUCUGCGCCUCAGCCCUUCUGAUCCUGGACCGGAAAUAACGGUUAAAAGAGUUUAACAGGAAACACAAACAUCUUAAAAUCAUCGCUAGGUGGUGCGUUCCUACGCAACAAACACACACUGAGUGAGUAGUUAUGUCCAAAGUUACGCAUAAGAACUCUGACGCGGUACACCGUAUGUAGCUGAUUAAAUUAAUACGUUAAUAAACAUUAAUAAAUGUUGGUUUAUGGAGAAAAUGCACUUCCAAAUGUUAAAAAGAGGGAUGUGUUUACCAUCAGGAAUAAAUUAAAAAUCUGCCCUCCGUAACAAUCCCACAAUGAUACACACAAGUCCACUGCCAGGUAUCGCGAUACUUUGCGAGCGCCGAUGUUAUCUGCUUCCUGUCGUGCGCACCCCGGUACGCUAGGUGGCGGAGUGUGUGUGUUGGACGGGCUCACACCAGCCCACCUCACUUGUAAACCAAAAAUGGUGUCUCCCUGACCGUCCAUGUGGCUUUGACAACAGACAAACUCCCUCUUAAGUUCACGUUGACGUGUUUAAGUCCUUUGAAACAGCCGGCAGAAGCGUCACUUAAGCUGCGAGCAGCCCCGUCAGGAGCCGAAGAUGCAACACGACGACGUGAUCUGGGACAUCAUCGGGAACAAACAGUUCUGUUCCUUCAAAGUAAAGACGAAGACUCAGAACUUCUGUCGUAAUGAAUACAACAUCACGGGUUUGUGUAACCGCUCGUCGUGUCCGCUGGCCAACAGUCAGUACGCCACCGUCAGAGAGGAGAAAGGUCAGUGUUUCCUCUACAUGAAGGUGAUCGAGAGAGCAGCUUUUCCUGCCAAGAUGUGGGAGAAGGUGAAGCUCAGCAAGAACUACGAGAAAGCUCUGGAGCAGAUCGAUGAGAAUCUGAUCUACUGGCCCCGAUUCAUCAGACACAAAUGCAAACAACGUUUCACCAAAAUCACUCAGUACCUGAUCCGCAUGCGCAAACUGGUCCUCAAGAGGCAGAGGAAGCUGGUUCCCCUCAGCAGGAAGGUGGAGAGGAGAGAGAAGAGGAAAGAGGAGAAAGCUCUGAUCGCCGCUCAGCUGGACAACGCCAUCGAGAAGGAGCUGCUGGAGAGACUCAAACAGGGAACGUAUGGAGACAUCUACAACUUCCCGGUCCACGCCUUCGACAGAGCUUUAGAGCAACAGGACGUAGAGAGCGAGGAGGAGGAGGACGAGGACGAGGAGGAGGAGGAGGAGGACGAUGAGGACGUGGGGCGCAGAGAGUUUGUAGCAGAAGAAGACGUGGAGGAAAGCGACCUGAGCGACUUUGAGGACAUGAACAAACUGAAGACGAGCAGCGACGAGGAGGAGCAGGACGAGGAAGAGGAGUCGUCCAGUGAGGAGGAGGAGGAUGUGGAGGAGGAGGUGGAGACAAAGGCCUCUCGGUCCAAAGGCAAGUCUCCAGCAAACGGCUCGGCGGCCAGGAAGAAGCGGGCGUACGUGGAGAUCGAGUACGAGCAGGAGGCGGAGCCCUCCUCCAAGAGCCGAGCCACGUAGUGAUGUCACAAUGGACCUGUGAGGUCAGCGGGGCGUCUGCUGAGGACACGCCCUCCACAGUGUGACUCUGAAAGUUUUCUGACCUCUGCUGGUGUGAGGGCGGCAGCCGGGCCACAGAACAGACAGAGAAACCAGAACCAGAACCAGCCCGCCUCCCACUGGACCUCAGCCCCUACAAGCUACCUGCUAACAGUGGAACCAGUUUAUUAGCCGGACCAAACUGGGACCAGAACCAGUGUUGUUCUGUCCAACCCGCUUCUACCUGAAUAAACUGAAUGUAUUAACACCAUGAGGAGGCGACUCGGGACAGAACACAUCAGUCUGAGCUCGGGGUACCUAAUAAACUGGACACUGAGUGAGCAGUCUGACAGUUCAGCUCCUCCAUCACAACUCAGAGUAACCACAUUAAAGGGUCAGUUCACCCAAAGUGAACCUUUCUGUUCUGCAGCGGCAUCCCACUGAAAGCUACGAGGCACAAUCCUUCAAGCCCAUUUCUGCCAGUGACAGACGACUUACAGACCAAAACCACCGAGUACUCGGCUGAGACAAGUACCACAGAGUACAACAUGUUCUGAGUACUCGUGAUGAAGGAAAACUGAGUCGGCAGCUGAAGCUCAGUACUCGCUCAUCCUGAUCAGAACAUAAUAUUACCAAAGCAAAUCAACAUCGUCUGCUGCAAAGUCGACUUAAUCUCUUUAAACGUGAUUAUAAAUGAGAUACAAAAUGUUCCCAGAAUAAAUCAGAUUCUUGCUGGCAGAAAUGGGCUUCUGUGAGUAACACAACUAUUCAACUGUGCUUAAAAUGUGAGAUUUCUUGUCCAGAAUAAAUUUUGUUGAUGAAACUACACAAAGUGACUUUAACUCUUAACUUAAAAACUGUUUCAUGUCAUGUCUGUUUUGUUAGUGACAAACAUAAAUAAAAGUCCAAUGAGCUUGUG